GGGCGGCGCCGGCGGGUGGAGGCUCUUCCUGGGCGCAGCGGGCGAGGAGCGCGCGGGACGGCGGCGCGGGGACGGCGCACCUGGCGGGCCCGCAGGCUGGGCGUGGGCGGCGACAUGGAGGACGGUGUGCUCAAGGAGGGCUUCCUGGUGAAGAGGGGUCACAUUGUCCACAACUGGAAGGUGCGAUGGUUCAUCCUCCGGCAGAACACGCUGCUGUACUACAAGCUGGAGGGGGGUCGGAAAGUGACCCCUCCCAAGGGCCGGAUCGUUCUGGAUGGCUGUACCAUCACCUGCCCCUGCCUGGAGUAUGAAAACCGUCCGCUCCUCAUUAAGCUGAAGACUCGAACAUCCACGGAGUACUUCCUGGAGGCCUGUUCUCGAGAGGAGAGGGACGCCUGGGCCUUUGAGAUAACAGGGGCUAUUCACGCUGGGCAGCCAGGGAAGGUCCAGCAACUGCACAUAUUGAAAAACUCCUUCAAGCUGCCCCCUCACAUCAGCCUGCAUUGCAUUGUGGACAAGAUGCACAACAGUAGCAGCGGAAUCCGGUCAAGCCCAAACAUGGAGCAGGGAAGCACCUACAAAAAGACCUUCAUAGGCUCCUCCAUGGUGGACUGGCUCAUCUCCAACAGUUUUGCAGCUAACCGUCUGGAGGCUGUGACCCUGGCCUCUGUGCUCAUGGAAGAGAACUUCCUAAGGCCGGUAGGCGCCCGAAGCAUGGGAGCCAUCCGCUCAGGGGAUCUGGCCGAGCAGUUCCUGGAUGACUCCACAGCCCUGUAUACUUUUGCUGAGAGCUACAAGAAGAAGAUAAGCCCCAAGGAAGAAAUCAGUCUCAGCACCAUGGAGCUAAGUGGCACAGUGGUCAAACAAGGCUAUCUGGCCAAGCAGGGGCACAAGAGGAAAAACUGGAAGGUGCGGCGCUUUGUUCUGAGAAAGGAGCCGGCUUUCCUGCAUUACUACGACCCUUCCAAGGAAGAGAACCGGCCAGUGGGUGGGUUUUCUCUCCGUGGUUCACUGGUGUCUGCUCUGGAGGAUAAUGGCGUUCCCACUGGAGUCAAAGGGAAUGUCCAGGGAAAUCUCUUCAAAGUGAUUACUAAGGAUGACAUACACUAUUACAUCCAGGCCAGCAGCAAGGCUGAGCGAGCUGAGUGGAUUGAAGCUAUCAAAAAGCUAACGUGAUAAGGACCUGAGGAAACGGGACCAGGAUUCCUCCCUCCUACAGGAUACAGGCAGGAUGUCCUGGAGAAUGGGGAUGUGUUAAGACCUUUAACUUCUUUGUGUGUUUUGUACUGCUAUGGAGUGAGAUGGGCGAAGAGGUCCUUAGAUGGCAGUGGUGCUAUUUCCUUCCCCACCUUCAUGUUAACAACCUGGAAAUGCUAGAACAGGCAUUAGGCAUCAGCAUCUUGACUUUGGCCCAUCAGCACAGCCAGCCAUUCCUAGGGCACCAAAGUUUCCCUUGUUGUAACACUAACUGGACAUGUUGUAAACUAAAUAAAACGCUAGUCUCACGGCAGCUCUGAAAUGCUGUUAACAAUUCUUACCUCCUCCUUUGGAAUUAAUAAAAAUUGACAUUUGUUUCUAUUAGAA